AUAUGGUUCUCUUCUCUCUUUGCCCAUAACUUGUCUCUCAAAUAGUUAUCAUCCUCUUCUCUUUUUAAACUCCCCACAACACACACACAUAUUCAUUCAAACAACACAUUCUAUUACUAUAUAUAACUUCUAUCUUGACACCUUAAUUAACACAACUUCUUGCCUUCUUAACACAAUCUAAUGUCAAAUCGAAGAACACGCGGUUCGAGACAAUCAUCAGGAUCUUCUAGAAUAAGUGAUGAUCAAAUUGCUGAUCUCGUAUCAAAGUUACAAUUACUUAUCCCUGAAAGCCGCAGUACUAGGAGAUCCGAUAAGGUUGAAGCUUCCAAAGUGUUGCAAGAAACAUGUAAUUACAUAAGAAGUUUACACAGAGAAGUAGAAGACUUAAGUGAUAGAUUAUCAGUGCUUUUGGAAUCUACUGAGAAUGACAGUGCUCAAGCUGCUAUUAUUAGAAGCCUAUUUAUGUGACAAUUAUUGCCAUUAUUAGAAGAUUACUAAUUAUGUAACAAUAAUUUCAAUUUACUAGGUUCUAUUUUCAUUUGUAAUUUACUUUAAUUAUCAUCUUGUUAUUAUUUUUCUUCUUCUAAGAUGCAAUAGUACUUAUAGUUCAUUAAUUAAUUAAGACCUUAUAUUUGUAUUGAGAAAUUUACUAAAGAUUUAUAAAUUGACUAUGGAUUCAGU